AUGAUGUCACCAAAUGACGAAAUUGAGAAGAGAUCUACACCAUCCAGUCGUAUAUUGGAUAUACCGUGUAAAGUGUGCGGAGAUUAUUCCUCAGGAAAACAUUACAAUAUCUUUGCGUGCGAUGGUUGUGCGGGCUUUUUUAAAAGGUCCAUCCGCAGAAAUAGGCAUUACGCAUGUAAAGCCAAAGAGGUGAAUAUGUGCAUAAUAGAUAAAACCAGAAGGAAUCAAUGCCGAGCAUGUCGUCUGGCUAAAUGCCAGAAAGUGGGCAUGAACAGAGAUGCUGUUCAACAUGAACGAGGUCCUAGAAAUUCUACAAUACGAAGGCAAAUACACUUUGUGGAUUCUCGCGAUUCUUUAAUGCACGGUAGCCAAAUACCACCAAUGCCAAUUCCCAUGAUCACUCCUCCAUUGAAUCCGGUUUCUGCACCUCUUCAUUUCGGCGCGUCCGCUAGUUUUAUAUGUAAUCCGAUUUUUGCGGGUCGCAUCCAACACACCAUGGCGCCCUAUCCGAAUAUACCGUCGUUACCAUCUAUGAUCCAAAGCCAAUCUACUUUGAGUGAGCAAGCAGCUAGAUUGCUGUUUAUGAAUGUUAAAUGGGCAAAGAGUAUUGCUAGCUUCACAAGUUUACCAUUAAAUGAUCAGCAUAUACUUCUUGAGAAUAGCUGGAAGGAAAUGUUUAUUGUCGGUGCAUCCCAAUAUCUUCCAAUAGAUUUUGCUCAGUUAAUGCGGACAUUGGAUAUGUCAGAACGCAAUAAGGAUGAAACUGUGGCAUUUCUGAAAGAUAUAACGAACCUACAAAAUUCGAUCUUAAACAUGAUCAAACUAAGGUUAGAUCCGCAGGAGUAUGCAUACCUCAGGGGUAUGUGCUUAUACAAGACUUUUAUAACCGGCAAGAAGGACGAUGACGAACUUUGCCUGACUAACAGAAGCCAGAUUAUAGCAAUGUAUAAUCAUACACAACUCUCGUUUCAUUCUUACGUUAAUUCUAUGCAUCUAACACAAAAUGACCGAUUCACGCAAAUCACGGAUCUCCUUCCAUCGAUGGCUCAAGUCGAAGCAACAGUAAUUGAAGAUCUCUUCUUCAGAAAGACUAUAGGCCAAAUUCCUAUAGUGCGUAUCAUUAGUGAUAUGUAUAAAGCGCAAUAA